AUGGAUAAUGUUAUGAGGGAACAGAAUAAUAUGAAGGUAAAUAUCUUCAAUGCUAAAGAGGUAAAAUGUGAAAAAGAAGAGAAAGAGAAAAGUCCAAAUUUACAUGGAGCCCCGGCACGGCACGUGCCGCCUGCCUCGCUGCUACAGCCGCCGCCGUGCUGUGCAGGGCUGCCGACGGCGGGCUGCGCGUCGCCGGGGUCCCCGUCGGCCGGCUUCGAGUCGCCGGUGUCGUCGCGCGCCAGCGAGUCCGCCGGCCCGGUGGCGCCGUCGGCCGGCGGCUGGCUGCGGGUGUCGCCGGGCAGCGCGCGCGGCCGCCUGCUCUACCGCGUCCAGAUGCUGCUGCUGCCGCUGCUGCCGGUGGCGGCGCUGCUCGCGCAGACCGGCGUCAACAUGGCCGACGGCAUCGCCGUGCACUCGGCCGCCACCGCCGUCGGCAGGCAGCCCAAAGGAAUAACAACAGGUGUUAUUUUGUUACAGAUUGAUUUAACAGUGGAACUUUUCCAUCUAUUAACUGCCUUCCAAUAUGAACGAGGACAAGUUGCCUACAUCAUAUUUACGCAUGGUAACAGAUCACUGCUACUCUCCGUGUUCAACCAGACACUAAACUGCAUAUCUCAUGUGCAUUGGGAGCUAUGGAAAGAUAUUUCUGUGGACCAAGAUUUCUUCUAUGACUAUGUGUCAAACAUCAGUGCAAUACAGCAAGCGAUUUUAGCAUUACCAUACAACCAUGAAAAGCUGCUGAAAGAAGCAUUGAUACCUCUAGAAUGGUACAGUGAAGGGACCAAGAUGAUGUUGAAUGGACUGUCACGAAUUAUUCGUGAAACAUCAACCAGUGGAGUCUGGAGGUUAUUGGUGGCAUAUCGUACAGUAUUAGCAGCAGUGGACAACUUAAGUUCAGCAGCAAUCUUUGGAUUAUAUUACUUCUGCAUGGGUGUCUUGGAUGUAGUUAAUUUCACAAAUUUUGUUCGAUAUGAUUCCCUUGGACAAGAAUAUCUCUUGGUGGCUCAGCAGUACUCAUUAGAACUCAGGGACGAGUGGCAUGACUUUCUCAGUAAUUUUCCAGCUUUCAACAAUGUAACAGUACUGCAAGAUAAAAUCUACCGAAACAUGAAACGUCCUCCUGACUUUUCUUUGGCAGAGCAGUACCACAUGAUGAUGAACUAUGUCUUAGCUGAACUCCGACAGUAUCAAGAGAGGCUUCGAAUAGUGAUAAGUGAGCGGGUAUCAGAGGAUCUGCAGGUGUCUGGCCGACAGCAGGGCCUAUCUAUUACCUUGCUUGUCCUGGUGCUUAUUAUAUCACCCAUCAUAGUUCUGCUUGUCCUCAACGCCACACGUACCAUACAGACAUUUGCUGAAACCCUGAUAAAGAGGACACAGGAACUACGUAGUGAGAAGCGCAAAAGUGAUCGGCUCCUAUUCCAGAUGUUACCACCCCCUGUUGUCAGACAACUGCGGCAACAGAAACAGGUUACAGCUGAAAAUUUUGAAUCUGUGACCAUAUUCUUCAGCGAUAUUGUUGGAUUUACACAGUUGUCUGCUGUGAGUUCUCCAAUGCAGGUUAUUACACUGCUAAACAGGCUGUAUCGCUUGUUUGAUUCACUCAUUCAGAAUUAUGAUGUAUACAAAGUAGAAACGAUUGGUGAUGCAUAUAUGGUUGUUUCUGGGCUCCCACAACGAAAUGGUAAACUUCAUGCGGGAGAGAUUGCUUCAAUGGCUCUUGAUGUUUUACAUGGUGUGGAGCUAUACAAAAUUCCACAUCGGCCAUCUGAAUCACUGCAAAUCAGGAUAGGGAUAAACACAGGGCCAUGUGUUGCAGGUGUUGUCGGUACAACAAUGCCUCGUUACUGUCUGUUUGGAGAUUCUAUAAAUACUGCCUCUCGAAUGGAAUCCACAAGUCUUGCGAUGAAGAUCCACAUAAGUCAGACAACAAAGGAAGCUUUAGAUGAGCUGGGAGGUUUCUAUACAGAGUACAGAGGAGUCAUGGAGGUAAAAGGAAAAGGACUUAUGGACACAUACUGGCUGACGGGGAAAGAAUGCAAACAGGGUUCUUACAUCAAUAUUGAAAUUUCAGACAUCCUAGAUGAUGAUGCAACUCCUGAAUUUUUACAAAUGAUUACACAGGAAUAG